GCCCACGGGGCGACGGCGGCGGAGGACGGCCGGGAGGCGCUGCCCGACGGGGAUGGGAGAGCAGCGCGGGGUGAGCGGGGGGGCGGCGAGUGGGGAACGCGGGGCCGUGGGGGGGAGCCGGGAGGAGCCGUGCGGAGCUGAAGCCGCCGCCGCCCCGCAGAGAAUGGAGCGCGCCGGGCGGAUCACCGACAGCUUCCCGCGGCGGCACCGCGCGCGGACGCGCACCGACGGCAAGGAGCGGGGCGGGGCGGAGCGGGCCGGGAGCGGGGCGCGGCGCGGGCGCGGCGCGGAGGGCCGGCACCGGGGGGUCCCGCCGGCCCCGUGCCCGCAGCCUGUGGCACGAGUACGGCCUGCGAGCGGACGGCGAGACGGCGGCCUCGGCGCGCAGCGUCGCAGCGAGGGCGGCCGCUGCUGGGUGAAUAAAGCGGAGAGCGCCGUCAGCGCGGUCGUUAAUCGCGGUCAUUAAUCGCGGUCAUCGCUCGCGCCGAGCCCCGCGCCCGGUUCCCACGGCAACCGGAAGGGCGCCGCUCGGAAGAUGGCGCCGCGCCUACAUUGCCCGUCGUGCCCCGCGAGCGGCAGAGCGGGGCGGGCCCGGUGGAGGCGGCGCGCGCGGCCCACCGGGAGUUGUAGUGCGCGGCGGGGCCGGGGCGCUGUCACGCGCUCGCCGCGGCCCCCCCGGACGGCGCCGUCCCUCCGCGCCGCGGCAGACGCAGCUCUGCACACCGCCGCCGUCCCUCGGCAAGGUUUAUUCUCCGGCCGGCGAGUGCUGGGGAGAGCGGCAGCGCCGUCGCCUGAAUGCUGCCGGUCCCCGGUAACCUUCAGCUUCCCUUUCCGUUAACGGCAUUUGGUCUCCACCGGUGAUGCUCAGCCUGCGUCCGUGCUCUGGCUCCGAUUCCUUUGGAGAGCGGCCAAAAUCUCUGCGGUUUCGCCGUGUCGGUGGCCGGGAAGGGCGUCUCUUUAACAUUCGUUGGAGGAUGCGGUCCUCGCUGCUCCCGGCUGUGUAUUCGGCGUUUAUCAAAGCUCGGGUAACUCAGCGCCCCCCCGGGGAGGCGCACACACGAAGGGUCAGACUGUAUGUGGAGGGCGGCGCCGGCGGCGCGCACCCUGCUUCGACCUCGCCAUGAAAUAGGCGUCCCGCUCCCGCUGACGGGAGGCUCUUUGGUAUCUGUACGCACGGCGCGAGGUUAAGGAACAGCGGUUGGGGUGUUGGUCCGACCAGUUUAUUGCAGAUCUUAAUCAGGGAGAUGGGGAAAGGGGAGAAGGGCACUGAUGCGGGUGGGGGCGAUGGGGGAGGGAAGAAGGGCGGCAGCAAAGACGGGAAAUAGGAGCAAGGAGUCUCUAUAGGAAGCAAGAGGGGGACGGUCACCGCCGUGGCUCCAGCGCGGUUCGUGGUUCGGUCGUUGGUCUUCAGCAGUGGUGGGUCGUUGGGCGGCGGGGUUCCGUUGGUGGCGGCACAAAGUGGUUCAUGAGCCCAAAGCCGUCGAGUCGGCCCUCCUCGGAGCGGCAGCGUCCGGCUCCGGGAUCUCAGCAGAAACUCCUUUGUUCCCAUCUUCCUGGCCUUGCCAGCAGAGCGGAGGGCGCAGGGAUGCCCGACAGCAUCCUAUUUGCCACAGGGCACCGUGCUGUCGUUCCCCAGUUACCCCGCACCGAGCUGGGGCUGUUUCGUCACAGGGUGAACUUUGCGCCGGUAACCGCUCCUGAGCGCUUCCUUCCGGACGCGAACAGCUCCACAGGGGUGCUUUCAAACGUGAAACGGUGGUCCACGCAGCGAUGCUGACUGCCGCACGGCAACACCCACCUCACACCCAAGUCAGAGCCUCAGCGCGAGGACUGCCUCCGAAAGCCGGCUUUGAGCCGAAGGACAGAGGGUUCCUACAGCGAGCAGCGGUGGCGGGGACGGGGACAGGGCGCCCGGAGGUCCCCUCGAGCUGCGGAACGGCACUCAGCCUCACACGAGUCUGCAUAGAAGAAGCGGACUCCCCUGUACAGGGACCAUCCCGGGGUCUUUGCCUUCACUCACCCUCGCUGUCGGCUCCCCUGCAGGGCCAUGCGGAUCCUGACGUGCCCGGCCCACCUGCAGCACCUGGAGGACGCCCUGCGCAGCAGCCUGCCUGACGCCCUGCCGGUGUAUGGGGCCGUGCUGAACAUCAACCGCGGCAACCCCGGGGACUUCGAGGUGGCAGUGGACACCUGGCCCAACUUCGGCGCUGUGCUGGCGCGGCGCAGAGGAGAGGCACCGCUGAAUGACAGCUACAGGAACCGGUGCAGCGCCUUCUACCGGGACGUGGGCGCCUACCGGGCCCUGCUGGAGAGCCCGGGCUGCCUGCGCUGGGACUCCGCGUUCCACAUCUUCGGGCUGCAGGACGGCGUGCUGACGGUGUCCCAGGACAUUGCUCUGGCCAAGGGCGUGGAGCUGGAGGUGACCGAGUACUACACGUACCUGCACCCUGACCCCAGCACUCUACCAGAGCCACAGCUGGACCCUGAUGUGCAGCUGGGCACACUGAGCCCGGCACACGUGGAGCUGCUGAACUCAACGUGGCCGUACGGGGGGAACGUGUGGAGCCGGCGCUACCUGGGGGAGCUGCUGCGCCGAUUCCCACACCUCUGCCUGCAGGACCCGGCCGGGAAUCUGCUGGGCUGGAUGCUGACCAACGGCUUCGCAGCGGGGACGCACGGCUACAUCGUGCCGACCCAGCGGCGCCGCGGACUGAUGCGGGCGCUGACGAUCAUGGCUGCCCGGCAGGCGCACGGCCGCGGCUUCCCGGUGUACGGCCACACGGCCACGGAUAACCGAGCGAUGCAGCGGCUGCUGGAGGAGUUGGGGCACCGGCGGCUGCCGGGGCUGUGCUACUUCGUGCUGUAUAACCCUGCCCUGGCGCGGGCUGCGCCCGGAGCGCCCUCGGGGAGAAACGCGUGAAUAAAAGUAAUCGGACCGAAAAGAGCCGCGGCGUCUUGAAUGAACGGACGGCGAAAUAAGAAAGGAACAAGCGGAAAAAACAGCAACCGGCCGGAAAAGCACGAGAGAAACCGCAGCCUGCAAAGCAAAGAGAAAAACAGCGGAGCCGAAACCGAAAGAGAACCGCCCCGCCCGCUGCCCACGGGGCGACGGCGGCGGAGGACGGCCGGGAGGCGCUGCCCGACGGGGACGGGAGAGCAGCGCGGGAGAAUGGAGCGCGCCGGGCGGAUCACCGACAGCUUCCCGCGGCGGCACCGCGCGCGGACGCGCACCGACGGCAAGGAGCGGUGCGGGGCGGAGCGGGCCGGGAGCGGGGCGCGGCGCGGGCGCGGCGCGGAGGGCCGGCACCGGGGGGUCCCGCCGGCCCCGUGCCCGCAGCCUGUGGCACGAGUACGGCCUGCGAGCGGACGGCGAGACGGCGGCCUCGGCGCGCAGCGUCGCAGCGAGGGCGGCCGCUGCUGGGUGAAUAAAGCGGAGAGCGCCGUCAGCGCGGUCGUUAA